AUGUCCGCCACCAAGCUCGAAUCCGUCUUCUCCCUCGCCCGCCUCAAAGCCUCACGCCACGAGAAACUCCACCCUCCCGCAGAAACUACGCCCUCCUUCAAAGGCAAAACCGUACUAAUCACAGGAGCCAACACCGGCGUCGACUUCGAAGCCGCCCUGAAGUUUGCCAAACUAGGCGCCUCGCAAGUCAUUCUAGGCUCCCGAUCUCUGCAAAAAGGGGAAGACGCCGCGGCGAAGAUCAAGACUUUAGUGCCGAAUUGCGGUACGAUUGUUGUAUGGACGCUGGAUAUGCUGGACUACGAGUCUAUCAAGGAGUUCGCACGCAGAGCCGAAGAGGAGAUUGAGCGUUUAGACAUUGCCAUUCUCAAUGCAGGAGUCGUCAAGGCCAAGCACGAAGCCAGCCGGUACGGCUGGGAACAAACACUCCAGGUCAACGUCAUCUCGACCGCAUAUCUCGCUCUUCUACUCCUUCCGACCUUACGAGCCAGUCGAACGACAACGUCCAGACCUGUCCUCAUACCCAUUAGCUCAGACGUCCACGAAACCGUCCUCGCACUCGACCCUGCCGCUACGAGUGAUCCCCAAGGCAUCCUGGAGUUCUAUAGCCGGGCAUCCACUUUCGAUUCCGUCCGCCAGUACGCCGUGUCGAAACUGUUUCUGGAGUACUGUAUUUGCGCACUUGCAGCGUUGACGAAACCCAAGGACCCGGACGUUCUCGUCAUCAGUACGGCCCCGGGUGCGACGGCUUCCGGGCUUGCGCACGAGCAGCCUGCCGUUCUUCGGGCUGCGUUUACGCUGUAUACUGCUGUCUUUCAGAGGAAGACGGAGGAGGGCGCUCGUUCGUACGUUAGUGCCGCGGCGCUUGGGCCGGAGGCACAUGGAAGGUUUUGGCAAAGUGACGAGUUGAGGGAGUAA